AUGUUCUCGGAAUGCAAGUCUUUCCCUAUCACUCAGCUGGCCAGUCUGUCUAACCAUCACACAGACGCUUCAAGAUUCCUUGCUCAAUCUCAAUCCCGCAUCAGUUUCGCUCCCACUGAUGAACGUCGGGGCGGAGAUGGACGCGGUCGACGUCCUAACCACACUGGCAGAUCAACUACUGCUUCGAGGAACCUGAACCCUAGAAUACCGAACCCAUACCAGCCCACAUCAUCACAACUAUCGGCCCUACCGUUUGCCUCGAGACUAAAUCCGCAACAAGCCCCGUUGUUCUACAGCGCCACUGACGAGUUUCGGGAAGAGAAUGACGAGGAGGAACAUGAACGGGAGAUAGCCGAUUACUAUGCCCUUCAAAGAUCCAGAAGGCAGCUAGGGGCUAGUGGCCUCAAGGAAUCCUCCGACGGUGGCCAUGGAAGCGGCUCGAGUAUCCUUGGCACGAGUAGCCAUGAGGACCACCCGCGCGAGACACCCUUCAGGCGACCUGGAGGGAUCAAAAGCUCCUGGAAUGGCGGGACUACAGACCAAAGGAAAAGGUCCCCGGGCUUAGACGAUCUAGCAGAGUCGACCGAGUCCCAUCCCGGACCACCCAGUCCGACUUCCUCGAGAGCCCGAAUGGUCGAUGUUGGAUUGGAAGACACCCUUAGGAGUGAAUACGACGAUGAACCUCCAGAAGAUCUGAUGGAGAAUCCGCCUUCAGUUCAGCAAUUGCGCAAAGGCGAUCAAGUAGCAGAAGGGUCGUUUGAUUCGGACGAUUCGGACCAAGAAUCAGAUCACCGACGAUUACUUCGGGAUUCCCCAGGCUAUCCUGAAGACAACGGCUCGAUUCCCGAUGGUACAUCCCAGCCUCAAGGCCAGCAGCCUCGACACGAUGCUUUCUGGGGCCAAGUCUACCUGCUUGCGUUCGCAGCGAUGUGUACCACCUGGUUCAUGGUAUUCCUUCAAACACAAUCCCCUAAAAAGAACGCCCCUCUUGGUGACACCAUCUACACCACUUUGCAUGGAUCUUUCUAUCUAUUAGCGACUUAUACCCUUGUAGCGACUUUUGUUUCAUUGUUCUGGUUGGCGGCACUUCGAUCCUACGUUCGGAUACUGGUGUAUGCUGCCAUUGUGACUGUUCCCGUUAUCUUGUACUCGUUUUCGCUCUACCCGUUGAUCUCGAGUUACAAAGGCACCAACCAUGGCUCAGGUUUUCAAGAUACCAUUAUGAGGUGGAGUUCGCUUGUACCUGCUGUCAUGGCUACGCUGUGGAUUUUGGCCGUUGUACGUGGUCGACUAGCGAUGCAGAAGGCUAUAUCCAUCCUCGAGUUUGCGAUUAGGAUCCUCGCAGCUAAUCCAGCACUCGUCUUGGUGGGAUUUGCUAUUCUCGGAUUCAUCAUCGCCUUCACUUGGAUUUGGCUGUCCAUGUUUACCAGAGUUUUCCUUGCAGGACACACCAGUACCCUGUCAGGUAUCGGCCGAUUCGUGAUUGACACUUCCACCUGGUGGCUUGGUGUAUAUUUCGUCCUCAUUUAUCUGUGGACCAUUGCGAUAGCCUUUGGCUUUCAACGCACCGUCACCUCGGCCACAGUUUCUCAAUGGUACUUCCACCGCCUUGCAGUUCCAGCGCCAACGUCACAGGCAAUUGUGAAGGCCGCACUGCUUCAUUCCGCAACCACAUUAUUCGGAACGAUCGCCCUCUCCACAGCGCUGAGCCUCCUGGUCAGAUUGCCAUUGCUGGUGCUACCUCGACGAAUGACCAUGUUGGUCGGAGUAGCCAUGUACUCAUUUAUUCCCAGCCCCAUUGCUGUCUUGAUUAACCCUCUCGCAUUAACAUAUGCGGCCAUCCAUUCUCAGCCGUUGAGGGUCAGUGCAAGGGGACUCACGCAGAUGCACUAUCUAGCACCGGGCGACGCAACGACCUCGUUGCAUCCGAACACAUUUAGUCCACGCCGAGCACGUGAUGGAUGGUCCGGAGAUGCCAGUCCUCUUCUACCAUACAGACUUUCCAAGCUGAUUCUUCAUGCAACGCGAUUUAUCAUGUCACUUGCUCUUGGUUUUGGCGGAUGGGUGUCAACAGCACGAUCGUUGAAAGUGGAAGGCAAUGCUGGAGUUCGUGGCAGUCUUUAUGCUUACAUUGUUGGGCUAAUAGCCGGAGCGAUUGGCUGGGGCAUUCUGGGAGCAAUGGAAGGUGUUCUUGCAUGCAUAGUAGAUGCAGUGGUGGUAUGUUGGGGGAGUGAGGUUGGAAGCAGUGGACAGGGUGAGGUUAGAUAUUGCAGAGAAGCGGGUCAUUUGUUCGGCGAGGACGACGAUACAGCCGCCGGAUGUGUCAGUCUAGCUUGA